AUGAAGGUUGAACCCACGCAGAACCACACCGAUAUAUGGAAGCUCCAGGUGAAGGUUUCCAAACUCUACAAAUGCAACGCUCUGGCCAGCUCCUUCCACGCUGUUCUGGCCAUUCUACGAAAGAGCAUUGCGGCCGAAGAUAUAUCCUCCUCCUUGAAAGACGCUUUCAGACAGUUGCAAGGUCAACGUCUCCCCGCUCGGCGUACUCGUAGUCAGACCGGAUCUGCCACAUUGCCCCGGAGAAGGUCCCUGAGGUCUGCGAGCCGUCGUUCUGGUUCUGCCUCUUCCACGGCGCCUCCUGUCCGUACAGUACAUGACGCAACUCCUCAGCCUCAACAUGUCGACUCUGCGGCUGAAACCGUGCUCGCGUCGCUCUACCAGCCACAGCUCAUUCGCGAACUGAUGGAAAGUUCUGACAACAUCAUCACGGCUGACGGACACUCAGCUGUCUUGCGUAGCCGGUACAAUGAGCUGGACGUAGCCGUGAAGUAUUGGAACUGCGCCACGAGGCUUGGUCUACGGAUGCUAUUGAACGAGAUUGACGUGUACGAGGAAGUGGUGUCGAAACACUCACACUUGCUGGGCACAGUGUUGCCUCGCCUCGUUGCUCUUUGGAAGCAGCCGCCGACAGACGCUGUGAUUGUCUCAGAAUACGUCGGGGAAGCUUUGACAAGGCGGACUGACAGUUCCGCAAAAACGGAACUACUUGGAAGCAAAGUGUUGGAUACUAAUGACUGUCGCCUCCUUCAAGAUGCCGCUUUCGAGGCGCUUGAAAAGCUUCACAGCACUGGGCUGCGGCAUAGGGACGUGCACGAAAGGAACAUCAGAGCAACGCGUGAGGUGGGUGAACGGGGUGAUGUCAUAUGGAAGGUAUGGUUCAUUGACCUUGGCCUUGCUUCCCUUUCCGGAAACUUGGAUGAAGCCGCACAAGAUGAAGAUGAGCUCUGGAGGGCCACGUACUACAGUGGUCCCACGCUAUAA